AUGGAGGUGCCGGCGGGGGAGCCCCCGGCUCGGGGCUGCGGCCCCCCGCCUGCUCCCGCCCCGGAGAGGAAGAAGAGCCACCGCGCGCCGUCGCCGGCCCGGCCCAAGGACGUGGCCGGCUGGUCUCUGGCCAAGGGCCGCCGCGGCCCAGGCCCGGGCGCCGCGGCCGCUUGCAGCGCCGCGUCCUCGGCGAGGCCGGACAAGAAGGGGCGUGCGGUGGCGCCCGGGGCGCGGGGCGCAGGGACGCGAGUGGCCGGGGUCCGCACCGGUGUCCGCGCCAAGGGCCGUCCGCGCCCGGGGACCGGGCCGCGACCGCCGCCACCGCCGCCCAGCCUUACCGACAGCAGCUCGGAGGUGUCGGACUGCGCGUCGGAGGAGGCGCGCCUGCUGGGCCUGGAGCUGGCGCUGAGCAGCGACGCCGAGUCCGCUGCCGGGGGCCCCGGGGGGGCCCGCACCGGACAGCCGCCCCAGCCGGCGCAGCCGGCACAGCAGCCUCCGCGGCCCCCCGCCUCCCCCGAGGAGCCGUCGGUGGCCGCGUCGUCGGUGGGCAGCAGCCGCCUGCCCCUCAGUGCCUCGCUCGCCUUCUCCGACCUCACCGAGGAGAUGCUGGACUGCGGUCCCGGCGGCUUCGUGCGAGAGCUGGAGGAGCUGCGCUCGGAGAACGACUAUCUCAAGGACGAGAUCGAGGAGCUGCGGGCAGAGAUGCUGGAGAUGCGGGACGUCUAUAUGGAAGAGGAUGUGUAUCAGCUGCAGGAGCUGCGGCAGCAGCUGGACCAGGCCAGCAAGACCUGUCGCAUCCUGCAGUACCGGCUGCGCAAAGCUGAGCGCCGCAGCCUCCGGGCUGCCCAGACCGGCCAGGUGGACGGCGAGCUCAUCCGUGGCCUGGAGCAAGACGUCAAGGUCUCUAAAGACAUCUCAGUGCGGCUGCACAAGGAGCUGGAGGCGGUGGAGAAGAAACGGGCGAGGCUGGAAGAGGAGAAUGAGGAGCUUCGGCAGCGGCUUAUUGAGACUGAGCUGGCCAAGCAGGUGCUGCAGACAGAGCUGGAGCGGCCGAGAGAGCACUCCUUGAAGAAAAGAGGAACGCGCUCCCUGGGGAAGACGGACAAGAAGCCUUCAGUGCAGGAGGACAGCGCGGACCUGAAGUGCCAGCUGCACUUUGCGAAGGAAGAGUCGGCGCUCAUGUGCAAGAAGCUCACCAAGCUGGCCAAGGAGAACGACGGCAUGAAGGAGGAGCUGCUCAAAUACCGCUCGCUCUACGGGGACCUAGACGGCGCCCUCUCGGCGGAGGAGCUGGCGGAUGCCCCCCACUCGCGGGAGACGGAGCUCAAGGUGCAUCUGAAGCUGGUGGAGGAGGAAGCCAACCUGCUGAGCCGCCGCAUCGUGGAGCUGGAGGUGGAGAACCGCGGCCUGCGGGCUGAGAUGGACGACAUGAAGGAUCACGGCGGCGGCUGCGGGGGCCCAGAGGCCCGCCUGGCCUUCUCCGCGCUGGGCGGUGGCGAGUGUGGGGAGAGCCUAGCCGAGCUGCGUCGACACCUGCAGUUCGUGGAGGAGGAAGCCGAGCUGCUGCGGCGCUCCUCUGCCGAGCUGGAGGAUCAGAACAAGCUGCUGCUGAGCGAGCUGGCCAAGUACCGCUCGGAGCACGAGCUGGACGUGACGCUGUCGGAGGACAGCUGCUCGGUGCUCAGCGAGCCCUCGCAGGAGGAGCUGGCGGCCGCCAAGCUGCAGAUCGGCGAACUCAGCGGCAAGGUCAAGAAGCUGCAGUAUGAGAACCGCGUGCUCCUCUCCAACCUCCAGCGGUGUGACCUGGCCUCCUGCCAGAGCACGCGGCCCAUGCUGGAGACGGACGCCGAGGCUGGCGACUCCGCCCAGUGCGUGCCAGCUUCCCUGGCCGAGGCCCCGGGGCCCACGGCCACUCGGCUCUGCCGGGCCCGGGAGGCCGAGGCCCUGCCGGGACUGCGGGAGCAGGCCGUCCUGGUCAGCAAGGCCAUCGACGUCCUGGUGGCCGACGCCAACGGCUUCUCGGCCGGCCUGCGCCCCUAUCUGGACAACGAGUGCGUCGACUUCCGGCUGCUCGAGGCCCCAGACAACAACAGCGAGGGCCCCAGGGACGCCAAGCUGAUGCACGCUCUCCUGGUGCGGCUGAGCCUGUUCCAGCAGGAGCUCAACGCCUUCACGAGGAAGGCGGACUCGGUCCUCGGGGGCCCCGUCAAGGAGCCUCCGGAGCCCUUCUCCACACUGCCUGCCUUGAGCUCCCAGGGGCCCUCCAAGGAGAUUCUUCUGGCCAAAGACCUUGGCUCAGACUUCCAGGUGCAGCCUCCUGACCUCAGGGACCUGCCAGAAUGGGAGCCCAGGAUACGAGAGGCCUUCCACACCAGCGACCUGGACUCCAAAUCUGACCCUAGCCGGAGCUUCAGACCUUACCGAGCUGAAGACAAUGAUUCCUACGCCUCUGAGAUCAAGGAGCUGCAGCUGGUGCUGGCCGAGGCCCACGACAGCCUCCGGGGCCUGCAAGAGCAGCUCUCCCAGGAGCGGCAGCUCCGGAAGGAGGAGGCCGAAAGCUUCAAUCAGAAAAUGGUGCAGCUGAAAGAGGACCAGCAGAGGGCGCUCCUACGGCGCGAGUUUGAGCUCCAGAGUCUGAGCCUACAGCGGAGGCUGGAGCAGAAAUUCUGGAGCCAGGAGAAGAACAUGUUGGUGCAGGAGUCCCAGCAGUUCAAGCACAACUUCCUCCUGCUCUUCAUGAAGCUCAGGUGGUUCCUCAAGCGCUGGCGGCAGGGCAAGGUUUUGCCCAGCGAGGGGGAUGACUUCCUUGAGGUAAAUAGCAUGAAGGAGCUAUACCUGCUAAUGGAGGAAGAGGAAUUGAAUGCCCAGCAUUCUGAUAACAAGACCUGCACAGGGGACAGCUGGACCCAAAACACGCCCAAUGAGUACAUCAAGACACUGGCCGACAUGAAGGUGACGCUGAAGGAGCUAUGCUGGCUGCUCCGGGAUGAACGCCGUGGCCUGACUGAGCUUCAGCAACAGUUUGCCAAGGCCAAGGCCACCUGGGAAACAGAGCGGGCAGAGCUCAAGAGCCAUACUGCCCUGAUGGAGCUGAAGGCUGGGAAGGGGGCUGGGGAUCGGACGGGGCCUGACUGGAAGGCAGCCCUGCAGAGGGAGCGGGAGGAGCAGCAGCACCUCCUGGCCGAGUCCUACAGCGCGGUCAUGGAGCUGACGCGGCAGCUGCAGGUCAGCGAGCACAACUGGGCCCAGGAGAAGCUGCAGCUGGUGGAGCGGCUUCAGGGUGAGAAGCAGCAGGUGGAGCAGCAGCUAAAGGAGCUGCAGAAUCGCCUGAGCCAGCUGCAGAAAGCUGCUGACCCCUGGGUCCUAAAGCACUCAGAUCUGGAGAAGCAGGACAACAGCUGGAAAGAGACCCGCAGUGAAAAGAUCCACGACAAAGAAGCUGUUUCUGAAGCUGAGCUCGGGGGAACCGGCUUAAAGAGAACCAAAUCUGUUUCCUCCAUGUCGGAGUUUGAGAGUUUGCUGGACUGUUCCCCGUACCUCGCCGGGGAAGCCUCCCGGGGCAAAAAGCUGCCCAACAGCCCUGCUUUUGCCUUCGUGGGCGCCCAGCCAGUGGACCCGGAGAAGGGUGCCCCCGAACAGCCAGGGCUCUCGCCCCGUGACUGCAACCGCCUGGGCGCCCUGGGCUGCCCGGAGCCGGCGGGGAGGCAGAUGCAACGCAGCUACACAGCGCCCGACAAGACGGGCAUCCGCGUGUACUACAGCCCCCCGGUGGCCCGGCGCCUGGGCGUCCCCGUGGUCCAUGACAGGGAGGGGAAGAUCAUCAUCGAGCCGGGCUUCCUUUUUACCACAGCCAAGCCCAAAGAGUCGGCCGAGGCGGACGGGUUGGCCGAGAGCUCCUACAGCCGCUGGCUCUGCAACUUCUCCCGGCAGCGCCUAGACGGGGGCUCCGGGGGCGGCCCCUCGGCGGCGGGGCCUGGCUUCCCGGCGGCCCUGCAUGACUUUGAGAUGUCGGGGAACAUGAGCGACGACAUGAAGGAGAUCACCAACUGCGUGCGCCAGGCCAUGCGCUCGGGCUCGCUGGAGCGGAAGGUGAAGAGCACCUCCAGCCAGACGGUGGGCGUGGCCAGUGUGGGCACGCAGACCAUCCGCACGGUCAGCGUGGGCCUGCAGACCGACCCGCCCCGCGGCAGCCUGCACGGCAAGAGCUGGUCGCCGCGCGGCUCCUCGCUCGUGUCCGUGCGCAGCAAGCAGAUAUCAUCUUCCCUGGACAAGGUGCACGCACGCAUCGAACGGCCCUGCUGCUCACCCAAGUACGGCUCGCCCAAGCUCCAGAGGCGCUCUGUGUCCAAGCUGGACGGGGCCAAGGACCGCAGCCUGUGGAACCUGCACCAGGGCAAGCAGAACGGCUCGGCCUGGGCGCGCUCCACCACCACGAGGGACAGCCCUGUGCUGAGGAACAUCAACGACGGGCUGUCCAGCCUCUUCAGCGUGGUGGAGCACUCGGGGAGCACGGAGUCGGUCUGGAAACUUGGCAUGUCCGAGGCCCGGGCCAAGCCUGAACCGCCCAAGUACGGCAUCGUGCAGGAGUUCUUCCGCAAUGUGUGUGGCCGGGCGCCAAGCCCCACGGCGUCCGCGGCUGGGGAAGAGGGCGCCAAGAAGCCGGAGCCCCUCUCCCCAGGCAGCUACCAUCAACCCGAGGGCAUGGCUAGGAUCCUGAACAAGAAGGUGGGCAAGUCGGGCGGCAGUGAGGAGGCCAGGCUCUCCGUGCUCCCGCAGGUGGGGAAGGAUGGUAUCACUCGAGAUGGAGAUGGAGCCACGGUCCUUCCCAAUGAGGAUGCAGUGUGUGACUGCAGCACCCAGUCUCUCGCCUCCUGCUUUGCCCGGCCAUCCCGCUCUGCCAUCCGCCACUCUCCUUCCAAGUGCAGGCUGCACCCUUCAGAGUCUGGCUGGGGUGGGGAGGAGCGGGCAGCCCCGCCCAGCGAGUGA